AUGCUGGCGGGUUUAAAGCCAGCGGCCACAUCAGAUCGCCUUCCCGACGACCUCGUUUUCCGCAUCAACUUUUGCGAUUGGAAAGACAUCGCCCUCUACCUAAAAGAGCUUUUCACGGCCACCAUGUCCAAACCCGGUUAUUCGGGAACGGCCCACGACGCGCUCGAUACCUCGGAAGACCGCAGCACUCUGAACCUGGGCACGGCGCUCAGCCAGGUCGACGACGUGGAAGCUCUCAUGCGUCAAAUCGCAGAUAGCAUGACGGAGGUCAUUAGAACCUCCCCCAACAGUACUGCUAUCAACGGGCAAGCGUUGAGCAGCGUGACUUACAUAGACAUCGCCUGGCCGCGGCUAGCGCUUCCCGUGUCUAUCAUCAUCUUGUCCUCUCUCACGCUUGUCAUCAUCAUGGGGCGGAGCUACUCGCGUGGUGUACCUACAUGGAAGAGCUCCAGCUUGGCCCUGCUGUUCUAUGAGUUGGAAGGAUGGAGCGGUGCUGAGCGAGAAGCGCGAGGACCUGAGGAUUUGGAGGACAAGGCCAACAGGAUGAAGGGGCAAAUCAUGAGUGGUUCCGGGUCUUUAGCGUUUUCUAAGGCAGAGUGA